UCCCGAUGCAUCGAUGUUGGUUCCUCUAUACUAAAGAAAGCACAUUUCUGUAAAAAGCAAGCCCACCUAUACAAUAUAGCUUUUUCACCGGAAACUUCACCGCCGAUUUAAGAAUUCAUUGACGAUUCUAACGGGAGGAUCUAUGAAAUCAAAUAGCACGUGGUUUGCUUCGCUGAAAUUGUUCUUGAUUUCAGCUGGAAUUGUGUCUCUAGCUGUGGGGGUAAGAUUCGUCGCACCGGUAAUUAUACACGGUGUAGUUCACGAAAUCCCGGCGCUGUGGUCCAUCUUACUGUCUUGGCUCAAGCCUCCUUAUCUAUAUGUCAUCAUCAACGGAAUAAUCAUCAUCAUCGUUGCUGCGUCUCGCUUCCACCACAGGGAAUCUGAGCCGUCCGUUGAAACUCAUGAGAAUUUAAUUUCAGUAAAAACGCCUCCGUCGUUGGAAUUUGCCUCAAUACCAACUCCGACUGAUAUUAGCACUGUUAUGGAGGAACCUCCAGUGGCAGUGCAGUCGGCUUUGGUUUAUGAGAGUGAAGAUGGAGCUGUCGAGAUGAAGCCCGUGGUGGUGAACGAUUCUGAGAUUAUGGAAAACGACGACGACGUUUCAGAAGCUGAAGAUGAGGACGAGGAUAUUGUCUCCAAUUCGCCGUACAGUACUCCACCCGAGGGUACAAGUUCUCCGCCGUUCCUCUUACCGAUAAGGGAGAAACCUCUGGCUUCUUCAAGAUUCGGUAAUCACCGGAAAAAUCUUAAAUCCAGUCCCGAAGGGACAAAAGCACUAAGGGUGGCGAGGCCAAAAAGGCAAGAGACGCUUGAAAGCACAUGGAAAAUGAUAAUGGAGGGACGUCAUGUGCCAUUGACGAGACAGUGGAAAAAGCAAGACAUGUGGAAAGAUCAUGAGCACGACAUGACUGGAAGCCAUUCAAAUCAUGUGAACAAAUCAGAGACAAAGAAUCAUGUAAAUUAUGAUUCUCCAAAAAAUUAUGAUUCUCCGAAAGCUCCAUUGAGAUCAUGUCCAAGUUUGAAGGUUCGAAAAGAGCUGUCGGUGGGUCACGAGGAGUUGAAUCGCCGCGUUGAAGCGUUCAUCAAGAAAUUCAAUGAGGAAAUGAGGAUUCAGAGACAGGAAUCAUUGCAACGGUAUAUGGAAAUGAUUAAUCGUGGUGUCUAGGUAUAUUUACGAGUUUGAAUUUAAUAUUGUAAAUAGGUAUUUGAAAAAAUAUUUUUAUUGUCCAAAAAAAUGGGAAUACAGAUCUAAAUUUGGAUAAGAGAUUCAAUUUUGGUGAAUUCGUUAGGUGGGUUUUGGGUUGAAAUUGUGCGCAAAAAAAAAGUAUGGAAAGGGUCUGUAAAGGAAUGCAAAAUUAACUGGUCCUUUAUUCUUG